GUUGGGCUGGAUGCCAGGCGGUUCGAUGAAUCAAUAGGACAUUGUGUGAUGCCAUUUGCUUCCAUAUAUAAGAACGAAUAAGUAUCAUAUGAGAUGGUUAUUAGUCUACGAGUACGUAACUGUAACAAUUGACCGAUCAAAUUAAUACCUAUCUACUUCGAUAUGUUUCGCGUUACUUCUUUCAUCGUUCUGUGUUUGUUAUUUUCACUAUGCCACUGUGUGCAUCAACCUUACCAACAACUGGGCCCUCAAAGAUACGAAAUAGAAGAAGAUCCAGCCAAACAAUCCGUACCAGCUUCCUAUCAUAGAACUAUACUAGCUCCUAAACAAGCUUACGACCAGAAUCAACUCAACCAAUACUACCAAUUACAGCAAUUAAACCAACUAAAUCAACUCCAACAACAACAAGCAGCUGCUGCAGCUGGUAAUCCGCAGAAUCAUCAGUAUCUGGCAUCUUUGCAACAAUUCUACGCUGCUUCGAAACAACCUCAGAAUGCUUAUUCGGCUGCUCCGGCUGCUCAGUCUCAAUACGUUCCUCAGCAAGCUGCUCAACAGCAAGGGUAUCCUCAGCCUUUAGGAGUGCUCUAUUCGGCCGCAUCUGAUGUGUCGCAGUUUCAAUUUAGCGGUAAUGGUGUUAAUUAUUCUUUCUAAUGUGAUCUACACUCGACUAAUAUUAACUAAUUAAUUAAUUGAUUUUUUAUACUUUUUUAUAAUUAAACGAUAUUUUUUUAAA